UUUCUGGUGCCUGAUUUGCUGUGUGUAUAAAUCGUGUAAAUCAUGAUUUGCUGACCUAUAAAGAAUUCCCAAAUUCCACUGUGGUCUGUAUAAAUAAACCUCCUUGCAAGGAAAGCAUAGAUAUCAUCUAUACUGAUUUCCACAAUGGCAAAGACAGUACUUGUGUUUGGAGCUUCAGGAACAAUUGGACAAGGUUUCAUCAAAGCCUCCCUAGAAAAAGGUGAUGUGAAAGUCGUGGGUAUCUUCCGCUCUGAAGAGUCUGUCAAGAAAGUCAGUGAGAGACUAGGGAACCCAGCAGAGGACAAGUUCGUCUCUGUUGUAGGAAAUGUCGGCUCAGAGAAGGACGCUGCUGACUUGCAGAAGAAGGUGCUUGAGAAGGUUGGCAGCUACACCGAUGUUGUGGCCACUGUCGGCGGUUUCAGCUUUGCUAAAACACUACUUGAAUUUUCAGUGGAAGAGAUAAGAACAAUUGUCUGUACUGACAAAAUCGAGCCUCACUUUUUGAUUGCAAAGUACUUUUUGCUUCCAAUCCAAGACAAAGAAGGAACAUCAUUCACAUUCAUCAAUGGUGGUGCUGCCUACCAACCGUUUCCAAACUUUGGUCACAUGACCAUUUCCAAUGGCGCUCUCAUGAAACUUGUGCAGGUCGUCAUGGCCGAGCACAAGGAUAAACCUGUUCGCAUCAAUGAGUUUGUCAUUGCCUGUUUUGUGACCCCCUGGGAUAACCCCACUGUACCCCCUGGCCUGACAUUCUCACGUACGGAUAACAUAACCAUGGGCAAGGGUCUCCUCGGAGUAAUUGUUCAUCCUAACUCAAAGAACGUUGUCCUCGACGUAACAGUUGAGAACGUUGAAAAACUGGCCAAAGAUGGAACUCUCUAGAACAACCAUUGUUGCCAUAGAGACAUGAUUAUUAAUAGUUAGACCAUAGUUCCCAUUGUUUAUUUCCCCAUUAAUUUCUUGUCUGUGCAAGAAUUCAUGAAAUCAUAUCAAAUUUCAUACA